AGAGUUCAUUCGGUUGCCUGGAGACCCUCAACUCAUUCACCGUUUCGCAAAGUCGUCAUGCGCCCUGUAAUCCAUAUCAGAACAGAUUUCCGCUGCUAUCCGCCAGAUACUCGCUUUCACACUCCAAGCUCCACCAUCGGUGACCACAAAAUUUGAUAAGCCACAACACAACUUAAACACCUGCGCUCUUCUUACAAGAGCAAUACCUCUCCUCAACUUUGAACGCAACCCACUCCCCAUCGCCAAAUCACAGUAGCAAUAAUGGAUACCACCUUCCAGACUGAAGAAAUGGACAUCGACGAAGUCGGACACGAGGACGAAGGGGACAAGAGCUCCGAAUCCGGUUGGAGAUAUCCCUCCACCCCGGAUGGCCAGGUGUCUAACAAGCCGAAUUCAGACGAGAUGCUCUUCGGCGACGAUGACGGCGCUAUGGUUGCGAACAGGCCGGAACCAACGAGGGAACAUGAAUACGAUGCCUACCCGACGCCGGGCGAUGAGUUCGAACAAAAGGAGGACGAUGAGGACUCCGGUUCCAAUACCCUCCCCGACUUCACGCAGGAGCGCAUCACACACAUCCCCCAGAUCCAAAAGCUCUACGACGCCUACCAGCAAGGCUUCGAACACGAAUACACAUCCUACGAAUCCCACAUGACGCGGGCGCAAGCCCUCGCCGUCGCCAUGCUGGAGCACUACUACCCGAAGAACCAAGGCUUCACCGUGGAACCCUGCACCUUCAACGUAAUGGCUGCGCACGGCUGGGCAUUCUGGCUCCAUCCCGAACCCACCGGAGCCGCCACCGGACCCGGAGCAGCCCACAAGAAGAAGGCAGCAUCAACAGCCCCGCAGUGGGAGAUGUUCAGCGCGAAAUACCACCGCAUCCUGCCCGAGCGCAUCGCAGGCUACGUCGUCUAUCAAGAACACACAGUCAUAGACAAAGACGGAAACGAGUACCUGCAAGACUACCCGCACACAUACCUCGGCAUCAUGAUGGACGACCUGCAAACCUUCAACAACUGGGUUCCCGACCGCAACAGCACCGGCGGCGUCAGCAUUCCGCGCGCCGAGCUGCUCAGCUACUCGCUCGGCGUCCAGGCCAAGAUCCGCCACGGCUACGGCAUCCUCCUCCUCGGCCCGCGCAUCGAGUUCUACGACUACAACAACGACGCCCAGAGCGCGAUGUCGCGCAUCAAGAGCGAGAACUGGGCUAUCGACAUGCGCUACCAGACGCUCAGCAUGGUCAAUGUCGUCUUCAAGGGCAUCAAUGAGCGUACUAUUAUCUAUCAGGAUGGUAGUGUCGGUGAGGGCGCGAUGAAACCUAUGACUUAGGCGGCUGUGGGGGGCCUGUGCUGCGAUUGAGGGGCAAAUGAUGUCGUCCUAUGGGCCCUAGGACAACGGUUGGUGAGAGCGCAGAACUAGCGUACCUUUUUUCGGCGACCUCUCGGGUUUUGGAGUCGCGCAACCCAACUCGGCCCG